AUGGAAAAGGAUGGUAAGAAGAAAGAGGCCCUCCAUCCUCUUUCUUCUAAAAAGCACGGCCCGUUUCAUAUGGCACGGGUCGCACUUUACAUGAUCAGGCGCCGAUCCAACCACAAAUCGGUGCCUGCUCAUGUAAAUGUGGUGGAGAAGAGCUUCUGGAAGAGGCUAGUGUGCGCGAUGCGCCCGCUACACCACCACAGCCUACAGAACUCCCCACCAUUGCCGCUCAUCACCAUGGGGCCCGCUACAAACUCAUUCCAUGAUGUGCCCCAGCUCCCUCCACCCUCACCAGACUUCAUGCCGCGUGUCAUCGAGGACGGCAUGAGUAGCCGGUACACAUCGGCGGUGGACCUAAAGGAGCUCGACAAUGAUGAGAAUGGAGGGAGCAAUGUGGGCCACGUCAUUGUCAUUGCCAAUGAUGAUGAGAUCAACGGUGAGGAUGGUGACGAGCCCAGUGGCCCAAAUGCAAUCGACAUGCAGGCUGAGGAGUUCAUAGCCAACUUCUACGAGCAGAUGAGGCUACAGCGCAUGGAAUCCAUGGACCGUUACAAUAGGAUGUUCAAUGGGGGUGAAGAUUAA